AUGAAUUAUAUGUACUUGAAGAAUCUGUGCUUACAGCAGUUAGAGAGUGGAGAGGGCUAUUUGCAGAUAUUCAAGGACAGUCUGGACAAGAUUGUAUCUCUGGAGAUCCUGAAUGCAGUUAUUUAUCUUGCUAUUUGUGAUGAUGACGAAGGUGCUCUUGGGAAUCUACUAGAUGUAUUUAUACGCAUGCUAGAUGCCAGUGUUGCGUUUUACGAAGAGUUUGAGAAGUCCGACUUCCACAUGAUUCUGUUCAGGAGGAUGCUCAGCCAUGUGAAUUACACAAAACUACGAUGGAUCUACAGUAAGAUUGAGGCACGAAGAGCAUCUACAGUAAUUGAAGACAUUGAAUUUCUUGGACGAAAUGUUUACAAUUAUUGCCUUUACAAGAAGAUGUACGGCGAUUUCCAAUUUGAUCUGGAACUGGAUGUUACGAGUUUAGAUACAGCAGAGCUAGGUGUGUUUCUUGAUGUUCUUAGAGCAAUAUGUAUCGAUAAUAGAGAGAAUUUGAGUCUGAUUGAGUAUCUAAAGCGUAUUGCAAAAUCUGUGAAUGUAGAUAUUCUGUUGGCCAUAGUUGAUCCGAAGUGCAUAAUACACUCUACAAUGAUUGGAGCUGAAGAGAUGUAUUUAUUGAAUCCUGCACAGGUGAUAGAACCUGAUGAGAGGAUGCUUGUAAGAGUGGCUUUAUGCAGUGUUAAUGCUGAACAGAACAAAUGCAAGGUGUGUGGAAAUCAUGUUUUGAGGAGUGAUGCUAAUGCACAGAAGUAUCUUGAUGAUGCAAUGUGUGCAGAGAAGUAUCUUGGGGAGGCUAUUCUGGAUAUUGAUGAGCUGUGUAAUGCAGUGAGCCAUUGUAAAACGUUCAGGUCACAUAGAACAUUUACUGCAUUGCUGAAGCAUAUAUUCAAAAUACAGAAUAACCUUGAGCAUUGCUUUCAUUUACGAUGGUUUAGAAUUGAGGAAAGCAGCAGUGAGGAGAAUACAAUGAUUACGCUUUUGAAGCAUGUUUCAGAAACGCUAGGUAUUGAGGAUCUAUCGAAUGUUCUAAAGAUAUUUUCAUACACCGAUCUCACGCCUAAGGUGACAUUUUCUUAUUUUGUUGUUUUGUUUAAUGGACUUUCAAGACAUAGUGCAAAUGUGUUUCUGAGAGACGUGAUACUGAAUGUUGUAAUGAGAAGCAAGACAGAGUUUAUGAAGAUCAGACCAAUGAUUUUUGAAUACUAUCUGAGUACUACAGCGAUGAUGGGAAAUGAAGCAAUGCAAUGUGAGAAUCUGAAUACAAAGCACAACACUAGUAGUGAUUGGAAUAAAAAUGAAUCAUGCAUUGAUUAUGCGAAUGCGCAUGAUUUAAGAUACAAUGAAUGCAUAGAAAUCAGGAAUAACAGAAGAUUUGAGGAUUUUUUCAGACCGCUUGUGCAGUUCUUCUCUGAAGACUGUGAAGUAUUCGUGAGGAACAAUAUGUUUUACAUAUACCCGGUGGUUUAUUCGAUACCUUUUUUAUAUAGAUAUGUUUCUGAUCCUGAGUUUUCACGGAUGCAUGGCCACUUGCUUGUGGUAUCGCUGCUUCUACAGGAUAAUCCUAACAAGAUUCAAUGCAUGGGAUAUGAAAGCCAUGAAUUGAUGGAGAUGGGUGUAGAUGUGAUAGCGCCCCUUUUUUUCAACGGGUAUUUCAAAUACAACGUGCUGGAAAAAUUUUUUGGAGAUGUGAAUGAGUACAUCAGUAACAACCUGUCAAAGUUUCUUUUUGAAUUGAAGAGGAUCUAUGUUGAAAGACCGUUUGAACUCAGAGUAUGUGUAUUUAAGGUAAUGAAGCAUGUGAUAGAUGCAGUGAAUGAAAGCAUGAGCAUGGUAUCUAACUGCCUUUUUCCAUUCAUUGAGUUUUUCAUAAGGAAGCAUGAGGAUGAAUGUGGAGCUAAUUGCAAGAGUGUGUUUAUUGAGUAUUACUCAUCUUUUUUUGAUGCAAAGCAGUUUAUGAAGAGCAUGCCAAGGAUAUUUCUAUACAUGGAUGUGGAGAAGAUAGUUGAAUGGAGCAACAUCCGAAGGCGAGAAGAGUAUUUAGACCUGAUAUCACGUCUACUUGAUGCUAAGGGAUAUUUUGUGCGAGAGAUUGUAACAACAAAAGCUGUUGAGCUUCUUGAGCGGAUGUUUAUGCAACAGCAGGUUUUGGAUAAUUGUGUAGUGAAAUCUAAUAUAGUGCAUGAAAAUGUAGCAAGAGUAAAUAUAACAGAGGCGGAACAUGAAGAAAUGUUUGUGAAGAAUAUGCUGAGGUGUUUUUUUACAGACGAAUGCUUUCGAGCGAAGAUCGGUGAUGUUUACAAGAAGCUCCGAGUGAUUGAUGAAAAGAGUUCAUCUAUGAUUGGAAGUAUAUCAAGGAAGUAUUUACCUACGGAUCCUCUGUGUAUUGAUUCUGACGUGCCUUAUAUUGAGUGUAGCCUGGAGUCGAUAGCAAGUGUGAUGGUGCAGAUGUUUUUACUUGAUAUCAAUCCCAGGAAGCAGGAUAUUUAUUUUUUUGUGAUACAAGAAACACUGAAGUAUGUGAACAAGAAGUUUGACAAGAAUGUUGAGAGCAUAGUUGAGCAAUUUAGAAGCACGCAAUACUUUUAUGAGCAUUUACCUGCACGCUGUGCCGAGAAGAUGUACGAGAAGACAUAUGCAUUCAGAAGAUUUCUUGAGAAUGUGUAUAGAUGUCUGUUGUAUAAUCUUGAAGAGCUGAACAAACAAGAAUAUUUUGACCUUCUUAAGUAUGGUUGUUUGCUUGAUGAGAGUUUUCUUGAGUUUAACUGCUUGUGCUUGUGUAGGAUGUUUUUAGAAUGUGGAGAUAAUAGAAUUUUAGAGAUCACAGCUGAGAUUACUGAAGACCUGGAAGUGGGGAUUGAUACGAUGAUUCCAAGGUUUAUACUUAAACUGGACAGGUUUUCAGGAAGAAAGUACAUUGAUGACAAGCAUCUGCUAAGGAUUGCUUUAUUUCUGAAGGAAUACUACACGGUGAUCCAGGUGGUUGAGAGAAUGAUCAGAAAUGAUAAGCACAGAAGCAUGUUUGAUGUGUUACAGUAUGCUUAUUAUAUGAUUGGAGACUAUGGAAAGGUUAUGGGAGUUAGCUCGAUGUUUACAAGACCGAAUGCAACAAAUCUGUUUUUUGGAUUUUGUAUUGAUAGGAACUUUAAAGCAGCAAGAAGAUGCCUAGAGCUGAUUGACAAGAAUGAGGGUGAAUAUGAAGAUGUGAAACAGGAAGAAAGAGUUGAUGUUGGUAGAUUACUUGAAGAGAUUGUUGGUAAAUGUGAUGAUGAGAUUGCGGUGUUUGUGGCUGAUUGUAAACAGAUUGAAAGUGAAUUUUGUAGAUGGAAAGAAUUGAAUGGACGAUGUGAGCUUUCCAGACAUUUUCUAAAGGAUUGUGAACUUGUAUCUAAGAGCACGAAUGUUUUAUCAACGCUGGGUGUGAUAGCAGGAAGACGGGAUCUUGCAGACAACAACAUGAUGCUUCUACGAUGUCACCUGAGCUUGUCUGCUGGUGUGCGUAGCAUGGUUGAAAAGGCAAACAGUGGACCUUAUGAUGAGCUUGCGGAUACGAUGAGCAUUGAUAGAAGAUUUGAGUAUGAUGAGCGUAGCCAGCGAUUGAGUAGCAAUGAUAGAGAAUGCUUUGAAGAUCUUGCAUCAAUUGGCAGCAGGAGCAUUAAUGAUUGCAUAAAAACACGCAAAUGCAUAAGUAAUAGGAAUGGGAGUGCUGGAGAUACAGGAUGUUAUGAAUCUUUGAAUGAUUUUGAAAGGGAUGUCAGGCUUGAGAUGAUUAGGAAGUAUAGGAUUGAAGGGGAUGCAACAAGAUGUGCACAAGAGAUUGGGGACAUGCUUCUGAAAAAGGAUUGGGCGGUUCUUUAUGAGCUUGCAGAGUUGAAAGCAGCACAAGGAAGAAUUGGCAAUGCAAAGUCUGCACUUAAAAAGCUUUUGGAGCUGUUUCCGAUGUCUUCGAUGCAUUACAAAAGGGCGUUUGUGAGAUAUACUGAACUGGUUGACACGAAGGCUGCAUAUGAGCAUGCACUGUCAGUGUUAGGAGAUUGUGGACGAUUGCUUUUACUCGGUGCAAAGCGUUUUGAGAGCACUGAAGCAGUGAAAGCAAUGAGUCUGUAUAUAAGAUGUGUUGAAUGCGACAAAUCAUUGUGUGACGAAGCGAUUCCGAGGAUUUUCCACUUGUUUUCUGAGAUGAGCUCGCCAAGUGAUACGAGUACGGGUGCACGUCUCCUGAAAGGAUUUGUGGAAACGAGCAUCAAGCUUCUUCCGCCAUAUUAUAAUCAGAUUCUUUCAAGACUCAGUCACCCAAACACCGAGGUUGUUGAUGAGAUUUGUAACGUUGUGUAUGUGCUCAUGGAGAGCUACCCGAAUGAAACAUUCUGGAAGUCACUGAUAAUGGUGAACUCGCAGGUUCUAAACACUAGAAGAAGGAUGGACGGUAUAAUGUCCAGAUUGUGCUUAGAUAAUAAGGUUGUAUUUGCAAAUAUUAAGAAAGUAUCUGAGAUGCUGAUUGAGAUUUCAAAGUGCAAGAAGAACAAAAUAUCGAUGGCUACGGACUUUCCUGUGUUUUCAAAUAUGUUUCCAGCAGGCAUAGUUGUGCCAAAUACAAAUGUGCUUAUAAACGGGGUAAAAAAUGAGAUUGAGGUGUUGAACUCGCUGCAGAAGCCCAAGAGGAUUUGUUUUGUCGGUGAGGAUGGCAGGAUGUAUUAUUGGCUAUGUAAGAACCAGGAUGAUCUGAGGAAAGACAGCAGGUUUAUGGACCUGAAUAUUAUAAUCAAUAACAUGGCGAAGAAGAGAGAAGGUGAAAUGUACAUCAGGACAUAUGUAGUCAUUCCGUUCAAUCACGAAAGUGGAAUAAUUGAAUGGAUAGAGGGACUGAAUUCAUUGAAGGCAAUCUGUGAGGAGUACUAUGCAAAAGAAGGUGUGUCGAUUGCUGAUGUGGCACGAAAGUUUGCAAAGAACAAGAGAGUUGGACAGAAGGAUUGGAUGGAGACGGUGUUGAGGUUUCCGCCGAGAUUCUACAUGUGGUUCUACAAUAACUUUUCCAGCCCUUUCAACUGGCUUUUGGCCAGAAAUAACUUUACUAGGACGUAUGCAAUGAUGAAUAUUGUUGGAUGGUUCAUGGGUCUUGGAGACAGGCAUGCAGAGAACAUUAUGUUUGACUCGAAGACAGGAGACACAAUCCAUGUUGAUCUGAACUGUAUCUUUGGCAAGGGGUAUGAAAUUUCUGUACCUGAGCGGGUGCCUUAUAGGCUUACACAGAAUAUUGUUGAUGCAUUUGGCGUGAUGAGACUUGAAGGGUUGUACAAUGAUGCACUUGGUAACACACUGGAACUAUUUCUCCACAACAAGAAUGUACUUGUAUCGAAUCUAUUGUCGUUUGUAUAUGAUCCUUUGUUUGAGUGGCGAAGGAAAUCGAUUGAGAUGCCGAAGAGGAUCAUUGAUGAGCUGAAUGCCAAGCUGGAUGAUUUAGAUACAAGUAGCAAAUGCGAAAUGCUUAAUGAAGAAGCGAUGAGUGAUGAGAACCUGUGUAUGAUGUAUAUUGGAUGGCUCCCUUUUAUCUGA